AUGCGCAAAAGAGCAAGCAGACGCAAUGCAACAGCAAAGCAGGAGCAAGGCAGGAGCAAGGCAGAUGCAAAGCAGAUGCAAAGUGGGAGCAAGGCAGUAGCAACCCAUGCGCAAAACAGAGCAAGCAGGUGCAUUGCAGGUGCAAGGUACGCGCAAAGCAGGAUAAAGGAAGAUGCAAAGCAGAUGCAAAGUGAGCUUCAAGAGAAGUCAGGUGAGCUUCAAGAGAAGACAGGUGAGCUUCAAGAGAAGUCAGGUGAGCUUCAAGAGAAGUCAGGUGAGCGUCAAGAGAAGACAGGUGAGCUUCAACAGAAGACAGGUGAGCUUCAACAGAAGACAGGUGAGCUUCAACAGAAGUCAGGUGAGCUUCAACAGAAGACAGGUGAGCAGUAA